AUGAGAGGCCUUGCGGUCACCACUGAUAAUGGCCCCGCCAUCAGUCACAAUCACGCGGCACGUUCCGUCGGACGAGAGGACAUGCCGCGCGGUUUCCUCGAAGAUGUUGUGACGCCGAGCCGUGGGGCGUUCGAGGGCGUGGAGGACCAGGUGUCGCCGUUCGGGUACGGGCGCGGCGAGGGCGUGGACGCGGGCCACGGCGACCCCGAGUGGAUCUGCAGCAAGGAGAAGCCCCACUACGACCAGAUAUUCCACUCGCUGAACCCCAUCGACGGCAAGGUCACCGGCGCCGGUAUGCAAUCGCUCUGCCCCACCACCACCAUCACCACCCCCACCUCCGCAGCGAUCUGCCGCGACCACACCCUCCGCGCGCUGCUCUCCACCGCGCACAACUGCUCCCAACUAACCGAGCUCUGCACGCUCCUAUCGCGCCGCGGGAACGAACAGAACGCGAACUUCGACAAGGCCAUCCGAGUGCUGGCCGUGUCCACGCAGAACUGCAACAUCCUCUCGCAGUGUUUGAUUCGCGAACCCUCGCGCGCUUCGAGUGGUCGCAUCUCCUCCGCAGUCUCCAUCCACAGCUUGAAUGAGACGGAGGGAGGCGGCGUUGACGACACCAAUUUUUCUGCAGACGACGCGUCUAAUAGAAGCGACAGUACCGACGAUUCCGCCAGCGAAUCGGUGGCUAACGAAAUCCCUAAACAUAACUCUGUUGUACCGAAGCCUGCGCCAAGCCUUUUUCAUCAAUUGUUUGGCAUUGUCAAGUUCAGCUUUCAGCUAGUGCUGAAUUUGAUAAUGCUGAUGAUAACUGCCGAGUGCAUGUUCUUGGCGCUCGUGUACAUGACGACCGGGAAGUUGUACCUUGAACUGAAGGUAACAAAGUCCCCGCAAUCCCUGAUGGACUUUGCCAAAACCACCGUCUUCGGACCCCAGGGAGAGUUGGUCCAAAUACGCUCCAUUUUUCAGCUCUUCUAUCGUCAUAAUAUUUUGAACAUAUUGAAACUGUUGACGCAUAAUAUUGAAAAUGAUGCGUGUACUAAGGGUCCAGUGGUUCUGUUCAUUCCCGCGCGCCUCCCGCGCCGACUAACCGACGCGGCGUCCGCGGCCGCAAACGGUGUAAGCACACAGCUGACAGAAUGUUUUUCGACAGCCGCAAAGACAGAGAUGGUGAAGUCGAAGCUGCCCAACUCGGUGCUCGGAAAGAUCUGGAAGCUGUCCGACAUAGACAAGGACGGUUUCCUCGACGAGGACGAGUUCGCGCUGGCGAUGCACCUCAUCCAGGUGAAGAUCGAUGGCCACGACCUGCCGGCCGACCUGCCGCCCCACCUCGUGCCGCCCUCCAAGCGGAAC